UCAGAUCUACAGGGGACGGGGACUCGCGAACAACCCACAGCUACCAAACGCCUUUUUUCCAUCUCUCUGUAGUCUCUCAAAACAAGCUUCGGAAAUGGCGUCGGUCAAGUGGUUUCUUCUCUGCAUUUUCUUCACCGCCGCUUCUGCUGCUAAUGUUCAAAUUGUUAGAGUGACAGAUAACCCUGCUGAUCAGCUGGUAGAUGUGCUGAACAAGAACAGGACCUCAAAGAAAUUGCCUUCACUAUACAGCAAUCCUGGCCUGGCAUGCAUUGCCCUACAAUACAUAAAAGCCUAUCAAGGCGACUGCAAGGCCGUCGGCGGAGGCUGGGACUCAAAGAAGCCUCCGGAAUCCGCGUUCCCCGACACAUUUUCCCCGGCCUGUGGCGUGGACGCGAAGACCCUCUCCAAAAUAACGGGCCGUUUCCUCGGGUGCCAGUCCGAGUACGUGGGCCCCACGCGCGCAUUCUCGGACAUCCUCAUCAGAAGCCAGAAGAGCUUUGAUAUCCUCUACAGCAAGAACCACACCGAGGUCGGGGCUGCCGUGAGUGGCUCGGAUGGUGGGGGCCCGUAUUUCUGGUGCGUACUGUUCAGCAACGGGAAGUCGAAUGCGAGCUUCGUGUUUGAGGGGGGCGUGGCGAAGGCGUCGAAGCCCGGAUGCUACAGUGGGGCCAACGACGAAUGCAGCGCGGCUAAUGCCUUGUCUGGAACCUGGCUUGUUUCUGGUGGAGCUUUGCUUGCCAUCUUCUUCUAUGCUUUUGGAUCCAUAUGAUCGAUAUUCCAUUUCCACUUCAUUUUGGGCACUUUUUUUUGUUCUUUGGGAAUGCUCUCUCUGUAUGACCAAAUUCUGUCACGCGCAAAAGAUCUCGUCCUUUAGACUCGUUGACUGUGUUGACCAGAUCAAGAGGCUGCGAUCCUCUGCGCUUGACAGAAUUGGUCAAACGGACUUGAUGAGAAUAUUCCUCCUAUUUCAUUCAAGUCUUUUAUUUGUAAAGAAGGAUUACUCCUAUUUAUGUAUCUCUAUAUUAUUUUUGAAUGCUAUUCUCUCUUACAAAGUAGAAUAUGUUCAUGUUACUGUCCCGUGGCGGAGGCUUUGUGGGU